AUGGGGUUGAAGUGUCCCGGAGCCCGCACAGACGCCUUCUUUGUCCACACCGUUGUGGACGCAGCAGCUACCAUGGGGACCUUGAAGCCGAGGGAUGAAACCUCACUUCUUCCAACCAGCGCCAACAAGUGUCUUUCAUUGCGGCUGCCGGCGCCGCAGCCAUCGCCAGCCGGAGCCCUUGACCAGCUCUUCGUCUCUCACUUCAUCGACAAUUUUUUCGGAGCCUUCAGGCCAUCUCUACCUGUGCCUGGAGGGUCAUCAAGGAUAUGGCUGCACGAGCUUCCCCAAUUCCUCGCCUCUGGGUCUCCGUCUCCCGUCCAAAGCUCCAUCAGGGCCGCAUCCAUGCUUAGCUAUGGCACGGCAGUCGGCGAUGCCUCCAUCAAGACAGAAGCCUGCAUGUGGUACAUGAGGGCGUUGCAGAGUCUCCGACUUCUGCUUUCCCGCAAUGGCUCUUUGGCAUCCCCGGAGGUUUCGGUCUGUGCAGCCGUCAUGCUCAUCCACUUUGAGACGCAGGCGGGAACCAGCCCCCGCGCGUGGCUGAAGCACGUCAAAGGCGCAGCUUCGUUGCUGGAAGAGCAGGGACCUGAGCGCUGUCGAACCGGGUUUCUGCAUCAGAUCUUCAGUAAUUUGCGUCUCCAAACGUUUGUGGCAGCCAUGGCUGACAACGAGCUUCAUGCCUUUGCAUCACCUGAAUGGACCACUAUUCCCUUCGAGAUUCAGCCAAAGCUCAUCUUUGACAGACUGGUGGACAUUCUUUUUGGUAUACAGAAAUGCUUGUCGAUUGCCAGCCGUCUAAUCACCUCCAAGUCUGAUCAAAGAGACCUGCUGAAGCAUGAACUCGCUCUUUCCAUCCAGAAUGCAAGACUCCAAAUUCGUCAAUGGCGAUCAGAGGCCCUUUCAUACGCCCCUCGCAAAGAUGGCCAACAGUAUCAAGAGGCCUCGGAGCCUGUAGCUGACGCCCAGAUUGCUGCAUCUGCUGAUGGCCUCCAUUUCAUGCUGCCGUACAGCGAUAUCGCAUCAGCGGCACUAGUCACGCUCUAUGAUGCGGCCAAUGUCAUUGUGCUCCGGCUCUUGUGUCUGGUGUCUCCGGGGGCAGCCUCGCAUAAUGAGCGUAUCCAGCACCACUCGGAGUCCAUCUUGUCAGCGCAUGCCAUGAUCAAGCCAUCAUCAUGCUCUGUACCUGGUCGCAGCUCCAUCAUGUUGGUUCAGCAGCUGAAGGCCGUUGCACUGUGGAGCACCUCCGCGCGGCAGAGAGCAUUGGCUAUCCGGAUGCUUCAGGGACAACAAAGUCAGAACAGGGGCUUCGCAGACAUUGCGGCGCCAUCAAACCAGUACUUUGCUCAUGUGGCGGAGCAUAUCCUCAACGGUGACUCUGUCGACUGA